UAUAAUAUUCGAUUUAAAUUAAUUAAUCAAUAAAUCUGAUGUCAGUGUGAUUAUACUGAAGAAAUGAUAGCAAGAGUCUUAAUCAUGUUAUUUUUUUUGGAAGUUUCUUGGCACCUUUUAUCUGUUUGUUUAAUCAUGUUAAGACCAGAGAACCUUUGACUGUGUCAUGGAUGACAUGCUCUCUUCUAUCUGCCAACCCCUCCACUGGUUUUUAAUAACUCACCUUCUGAUUCAUAUUUGGAAGCAGGUUUCAUGUUAAAUUUGAUGGGUGCUUGUAAUUUUAUGUAAUCUGCAAACAUGCCCGUUCUGAUUUUAUUUUUUCCUUUUGUAAUCUUGUAAUUUAAUAGCUCGUAUGAUUUAAUAGAUAAAAUAAACUUACAAUUAAGUCCUCACCAGCUCCUGUCUUCCCCAGUAUAAUAACUUACAAACUUUAUUUUAUCUAUGACAUCAUAUGAGCCUUGCUUGAUUGAUCACUUCACCAGUAAGCAACAGUUUCAAGGUGAUAACAGUUCUUUCUUUAACAUCAAAUGGGAUUCUUUUAUAUAAUCUAAUUUGCUACACUUUUAAUCACACAUUUAACAGCUGAUAACAGAAGAUAUCGCUUGUUCAUGAAACUGGGUUUCGUGUUUAUGCUUCUGUUAUUGUACUUAUGGCUGCAUUGGAUGAAUGAAGGCUCAUUUUUUGUGAGCUCAAAAGGAACUGUUAUUAGUUGCACUGUUUCGAUUAACGGAACAGAUUCAAUAGCAAAAACAGAUUAUAGUUUCAUCUGUGCUACUUUGGAUUGGUGGCCUCCUGAAAAAUGUGAUUAUGGAACAUGCAGCUGGGGAAGAGCUUCUCUUCUCAAUCUAGAUCUAGCCAACCCCAUAUUGUUAAAUGCUAUCAAAGCUUUUUCUCCAUUAAAGAUCAGAAUGGGUGGAACCCUGCAAGAUAAUGUGAUUUAUGAGACAAAAGAUGAUAAAGUUAAAUGUGCACCAUUUGUUCAGAAUGGUUCAGAGUUGUUCGGUUUCUCCACAGGUUGCUUACCCCUGUCUAGAUGGGACCAACUCAACGUUUUCUUCAAGAAAGCUGGGGCUAUGGUCGUAUUCGGAUUAAAUGCACUAAGUGGGAGGACCUUCCGUCCGGAUGGUUCUGCCAUCGGAGCUUGGAAUUCCAGCAAUGCCGAAUCGCUCAUACGAUACACUGUUAACAAGGGCUAUACUAUCCAUGGUUGGGAACUUGGAAACGAACUGUGUGGCUCCGGCAUCGGGGCGAAAAUCUCAGCGGAACAAUAUGCAGCCGAUGUCAACUCUCUCAAAAGCAUUGUUGACAAUGUAUCUAGAGGAUUUAAGGUCAAGCCAUUAGUGAUAGCACCCGGAGGAUUCAUUGAUACAGAUUGGUUCACACAAUUUGUAGAGAAAACUCCUAAAUCUCUCCAAGUAGUGACCCAACACAUUUACAACCUCGGUCCAGGUAAUGAUAAUCAGCUGAUGAACAAAAUCCUAGAUGCAUCUUAUGAAGAUGGUGGGAGGCAGCCCUUCAGAGACCUUCAAGCAAUUCUGAAGAGUUCAUCAACAUCAGCGGUUGCAUGGGUUGGUGAAGCAGGAGGAGCCUAUAACAGCGGUCGAAAUCACGUCAGCAAUUCGUUUGCUAAUAGUUUCUGGUAUAUGGAUCAGCUUGGGAUGGCAGCUUCAUAUGAUACCAAAACAUAUUGUAGACAAACAUUGAUUGGUGGAAACUAUGGUCUGCUUGACACUGCUACAUUUGUCCCUCAUCCGGAUUACUAUAGUGCUCUUCUCUGGCAUCGGUUAAUGGGGAGGAAGGUGCUGUCGACGAGCUUCUAUGGGAUGAAAAGUGUUCGAGCUUAUGGUCACUGUUCUAAACAAUCUCUUCAGCCGACAAUUCCAGCAACUUCCAGAGGAACACCAACUGUCCUUCCACCACAACAACAUUCUAGCAGCUUCCACCAACAACAGCUGGUCCUCCACGUUUCAGAAGCUCUCCAGUAG